AUGAAGAGCGGAGUACAUUCUACAUAUGUAACCUUUCAAUUCCAUCCAUCAUUAGAUGUAAUUGCCUCUCCCGUUUGCUAUAAUCAUUCAAGAGAGGCAGACUAUCAUUCAGGCUAUACAAUUGACAUUUCAAAGGUAAAUAUCGAAGAUGCAUUUCCUGUCUUGGAAGUUUAUGAUGUAAUAUCCCAGAAACAUGGAAAUUUAAUUGGGUUUACAGUAAUUGAACUCCAGCAUUGUCAGCAAACUGAUAAUUACAUUACAGUCUUAAAAGAUCAAUGGAUUGAUGUUUUUGUACCUCAUUCCAGGAAGAAAUCAGGUUCCAUUUUAGUUUCUUUAUUCCUUCACAACGGGAAGAUCAAUUAUGCACCAAAAGCAUCAAGAAAUGCAGUAUCAUUUAGAAUACAUUCAAAUGAUAUAAGCGAUAUCGAACAUAAUUCAACUAAACAAAAAAUUAAUAAUGAUGAUAAAGUUAAAAAUGAAGAAAAUAUUGAAAACAGCUUAAAUUCAUCCAUGAUUCCUACAAAAGAAAAUGAUGAUAAUAACCAAAUUGAUAAAGCCACACAAAAAACUCAGAAUCAAUCAAUAAAUACAGUAAUCGCCGAUAGUAAACCAAUUGUUCAACCAAAAGCCACUAGUAAUAACCAAAAUGAUAAAUAUGAUAAUAAAAAUAUUCCAAAAUUAAAAUCAGAUUUUAAUUUUGAUAUAGAUGAUCCGGACCUACUCAGACUCUUAACCUUAGAUGUGACUCAUAAAUACAGUUGGUCUUCAACCCGAAACCUGAAAAGACAUAUCAGGUAUCUCGAUGAAAAUGAUAUUGAUCUAACUUGCGAUUUAAGGAAAUUUGAAGCAGAAACACAAACAGACAAUAGCGUUAAGCAAAAGACAACUCAAACUAAAUCUCCUAAUGCUGAAUCAUCAGAAAAUACGAUCGAUAGUUCAACGAGUGAGGAAUUUAAGCCAAAGAAGCUGGUUCCAACAGAUUAUGAAGCACCAUUAGAAGUUAAUAGCUCUGACGCUAUUCCGGUCAACCUUUUUCAUUCUAGCGAUGUAUUUGUUCAAUAUUCUGAUUACGGAUUCUAUUCCAGAAAGAAUCAUAAAUAA